AUGGAUUAUUUGAUUAGGAAUAAUGAAUACUGUAAUGUUUUAUAUGAUGGAAAUGAAUUAUUAAGGAAAAGAAAAAUAAAUUUUGACAAUGAGAUUUGUCCUUAUAAAAUGAAUUAUUGGAAUAAUUACAACAAUAACAUAAAUAUUGAUAAUGAUAAUAUGAAUAAUGAAAUAGUAAAUGAAGAAUUUGAGAAUACUUAUAAUAAUAUUAAUAAUAAUAUGUAUUAUCUUCUUGGAAAAGAGGACAUGGACGAACCUAGAUUGUGUAAUAAAAAAAGAAAUGUUUACAAUGAAAAUUUUAAGAAUAACUUAGAAUAUGAUGAGAAUGUAAAUAAUUAUGAUAAUGAUAACAGUAGUAAUAUAUCAUACAAAUUUAUUAAUAAUGAGUGUGACAAGAUGAAAAAAUCUGGAGAAGGUACUCAGGAGAACAAUGAUAAUGAAAAUAAUAAUAAUGAUGAGAGUAACAAUAAUAAUAAUAAUAAUAAUAAUGAGAGUAAUAAUAAUAAUAAUAAUAAUGAGAGUAACAAUAAUAAUAAUAAUAAUAAUAAUAAUGAGAGUAACAAUAAUAAUAAUAAUAAUGAGAGUAAUAAUAAUAAUCAUGGGAAUAAUAAUAAUAGUAGUAAUAAUAACAACAAUAAUAAUAAUAAUAACAACAACAACAACAAUAAUAAUAAUAAUAAUAAUAAUAAUAAUAACAAUAAUAAUAACAACAAUAAUAAUGAUAAGAAUGAAGAUGAUGAAAAUACUACAGGGAAAGGAAAAAAAACAGAAGUCAAAAAACGUGCAGGGAGAAAAAGAAAUGAUUCCACAAUGUAUGCCAAUAGUAAUACAAUGUUAAAAAAUAAUUUUUUACAAAAUAAUAAAAUGAUUUAUAAUAAUAUGGAUCAUAUAAAUGAUACAAAUGAACAAGAUAAAUUUUUAUAUGAACAAAGAAAAAUGAUGAUGAAUAAUAAAAUGGAAAAUAUGGGACCCAAUAUGAAUAUGACAAAUAAAAAUUAUUUUCAAACAGUAAAUAACAUGAAAAUGAAUGUAGAAAAUAAUAAAAAUCUUAUAGGUAUAAAUACAAAUAAUAUGAAUAAUUAUCAAAAUAAUAUAAAUAGUAUUAAUACUAAUAUGAAUAUACCAAAGAACAAAAAUUUACAUUCAAAUAAACAAAUGAUGUUUAUGAAUAAUAAUAUGAAUAUACAUGGAAAAACCAAUAAAUUAAAUGAUAUGGCUAGAAUGAAUAGUAUAAACUUUAAUGAAGAAAAUAAAAUGUCUGUUAUGAAUGACGACACAAGAAUGGAUAAUAAAAUGAGGGAUAUAAUGAAAAGUGGUGGAAUGGAGGUACAUUUAAAAAAUGAAGAAUCCUUAUAUAUGAAUAAUAUGUAUAAUAUGAAUAGUAAUAAUCCAAAUAAUAUACCUAGAAUUAGUACAAUGAAUAUUGCAAAACCUAUGAAUAAUUUUAAUAAUAUGAAUAUGCCUAUAAAUAAUAUGAAUGCAUAUAACAAUCACAUGAUUAAUUCGUAUAAUAAUAUGAUGAUGACAAAUAAUAUGAACAACAUAAAUAAUAUAAAUAAUAUAAAUCAUAUAAAUAAUAAUAAUAAUAGUAAUAAUAAUAAUAAUAGUAAUAAUAGUAAUAAUAAUAUUAAUUUUGGUCAGCAUAUUCAGGGGGUACAAUUUAUGAAUCCUAAUAUGAAUAACGACAUGAACAGUAAUAUGAAUAAUAUUAAUAAUAAUCAAAUGUUCUUGAAUAAUAACCAGAAUAAUGCACAUGUUCAUAUGGUUAACAACAUGAAUUUGAAUCCCUCUGGAAAUAAUUCAUUUUUUAAUAAUUCAAAUAAACAUCUGAAUAUGAUGACCAUGAGUUCAAAAAAUAAAAAAAACGCCAUAUUAAAAAAUACAGAAAAUAAUGAAUUUGAAAAUAUAAAAAGAGUACAUUCAAACAGCUCCAACUAUAAUAAUAAUAAUAAUAAUAAUAGUGAUAGUAAUAAUAAAAAAUCGAUUAAAAUGAAUAGCAAUGAAAACAAUAAUACAACAACAACUAUUAUAAAAAAUAUACGAGUUGAAAACAUAAAGUUUAAUGAAAGUGUCAAUUUAAAAAAUAUUGAUGGCUUAGAUCUAAGUACUAAUUUUGUUAAUGGAAAAUAUAUAUCCAAAUUAAAUAAUGAUGAGAAAAUAUAUAAUGUAGUACAUUCUAUUGUGAAAGAUUCUCUCAAAGAUUGUUUAGUUGAUUUUUAUAAUAAUGCAAAUUAUAUUUUUAAAGAUAAAUUAGAUUUUGUAUGUAAUAGUAAUACUCCUACAUGUAAUAAUAUAAAUGAUUUAGAAGACAACAAAAAGGAUGACGGGCAUGUGGAUAAACAAAAUUAUUCACUUGAAAAGAAAGAUAAUGAAGAACACACAAAUAAUAAUUCUGAUCCUAUAAUGGAUGGUGUUGAGUUGGAUGUAAAAAAGAUAUCUGAAAAGAAGGAGGAUCAAAUUGAAAAGGACAAACCAAAAAAUGAUAAUACAAAAAAUGAUAAUACAAAGGAAGACAAAAAUCAAAAUGAUGAUAAUAAAACUAAUACAUCAAUUCCAAAAACUCCCAAAAAUGAAGUUAAAAAUGUUAUUACCUCUUCCUUAUUGUCAAGUUUUAAUAUAUUUAGUGCUUUCAGUAAUAGUAAUACACCUAAUUCGAAAAAAAAUAAAUAUGAUGAAGAGGAAGAAAAAGAAGAAAAAGAAGAAGAAGAAGAAAAUAAUAAAUGUAAUGAUAAAGAUGAUGAGGAUAAAAAUAAGUCUCCUCAAAAUGAAGAUAAUAAAAAUAUUACCAAUGAUAAUAAUGAUAAUAAUAAUAAUAAUGUAGACAAAGAAAACAAUUUAAAAGAAUCUAUAGAUAACCUAGGAAAUGUUGAUACAGAUAAUAAUAUUAAGAGAGAUGUACUAAAUUAUAAUAAUAUAGAAGAAAAUGAACAAAGCAGAGAAUAUAUUUUAAUAGAAAUUACAAAAAGUAUAUGCUCUAUAAUCAAUCUACAACAAUUAAUGCCUGUUAAUACUAGGUUAGCUAACCCUAAUCUUAUAUAUGAUCCAAAUUAUGAAACCAUAUAUUCUAAAUGGAAAACAUUUUUAAGAAAAGAGCAAUCAAGUGGAAAUUUAAUUAGUAAUUGUUUUUCACGAGAUUUUUUACAUACUAUUUUGUUAUGUAAUUAUGUAACUAUAAUUGAAGAUUUAAGAAAAACGGCCGUUAAGAAAAAGUUGAAAUAUUUUUUCUUACACUUAUGUUUGGAAUCGGGCAUAUCGAUUAACGUUGCAUUGAUGCUGUUUAUAAAUGCCACGAAGCAGAGCGAUAAGUUACAGUCUCUACUACCCUCCGAAACAGGAUUAGGAUAUUUGCACAGAGAUGCGGGUGGAGCAAAAGAAGAGAAUAUGGGUAUUAUAACAUUUGAAUGUAUAACGAACGAUAGGGAACCAGAUCAUUUAAUAAAAUUAAUAACUUUGAAAAAUAUUUUCUCAAGACAGUUACCAAAAAUGCCUAGAGAAUAUAUAGUAAGGCUUGUAUUUGAUAGAAAUCAUUAUACAUUUUGUUUAUUAAAAAAAAAUACUGUUAUAGGUGGAGUAUGUUUCAGACCAUAUUUUGAACAGAAAUUUGCGGAAAUUGCAUUUUUAGCUGUUACCUCAACUGAGCAGGUAAAAGGAUAUGGUACAAGAUUAAUGAAUCAUUUGAAGGAGCAUGUAAAGAAGUUUGGUAUAGAAUAUUUCUUAACCUAUGCAGAUAACUUUGCCAUAGGAUAUUUUAGAAAACAAGGAUUUUCACAAAAAAUUUCCAUGCCAAAAGAAAGAUGGUUUGGAUAUAUUAAAGAUUAUGAUGGUGGUACAUUAAUGGAAUGUUACAUUUUCCCAAACAUCAAUUAUUUGAGACUUUCGGAAAUGUUAUAUGAGCAAAAAAAAGCAGUAAAGAAAGCUAUACAUUUUAUAAAACCUCAAGUUAUAUAUAAGGGUAUUAAUUAUUUUGCUGAUAAUAAAGGGGCUGCUUUACAUCCAAGUACUAUUCCUGGAUUAUUAGAAGUUGGCUGGAAAAAGGAAACGAGGGAAAUUACUAAAAAGGUUCAACAUAAAGAAGUUCAAUUGAAAGAUCAAAUUUUAGGUGUUCUGGAUUAUUUAGAAAAACAACAGUCUGCAUGGCCAUUUCUUAAGCCAGUUAGUCUUUCAGAAGCUCCUGAUUAUUAUGAUAUUAUAAAAGAACCAACAGAUAUUUUGACCAUGAGAAGAAAGGCCAGACAUGGUGAUUAUAAAACGAAGGAAGAUUUUGGUAUUGAGCUUAAGAGAAUGUUUGAUAAUUGUCGUUUGUAUAAUGCUCCAACAACUAUUUAUUUCAAAUAUGCAAAUGAACUACAAACACUUAUAUGGCCUAAAUAUGAAGCUAUAACUGAUACAGCAAAAUAA